AUGCCCGCUGUCCAGCCAGACGAUUCAAUGUCUGCCCCGGUGCCCGCGGUCAUGCCAGUUGACUCGGAGCCCACUGCCUUGCCAGAUGACGCGGUGCUCGCUGUCGAGCCAAAUGACUUGAUGCCUGGUGACCCGAUGCCCGCUGUCCGGUCAGACGAUCCAAUGUCUGACCCAGUGCCUGCGGUCAUACCAGUUGACUCGGAGCCCACUGUCGUGCCUGGUCCGGCGCCCGCCGCUCCGCCUGAGGGCCCGAGACCUGUCGCUCCGCCUGGGGGUCUGGCGCCCGCCGCUCCGCCUGGGGGCACGAUGCCUGUCGCCCCGCCUGGGGGCAUGAUGCCUGUCGCCCCGCCUGGGGGCACGGUGCCUGUCGCCCCGCCCGGGGGCCCGGUGCCUGUCGCCCCGCCCGGGGGCACGGUGCCUGUCGCCCCGCCCGGGGGCACGGUGCCUGUCGCUCCGCCCGGGGGCCCGGUGCCUGCCGCUCCGCCCGGGGGCCCGGUGCCUGCCGCUCCGCCCGGGGGCCCGGUGCCUGCGCUCCGCCCGGGGGCCCGUGCCUGCCGCUCCGCCCGGGGGCCCGGUGCCUGUCGCCCCGCCCGGGGGCCCGGUGCCUGCUGCUCCGCCCGGGGGCCCGGUGCCUGUCGCCCCGCCCGGGGG